AAGCUAGGCGGGCCCGGCUGCAGCAGGGAAGUGCCCGGUGGCAGGCAGUGGCGCGGUGUGAGUGAUCGGUGCUCCCGCUGCUGCCCAUCACCCAGUGCCCAGCCGCUGGACACAGGGACCCGAGAGCUAUGUUACUGGCACUCCGCCUGCCUGCCACCAGGGACCACAUGCACUGCCCACCUGCGGUUGGAUGUGCGAUGUGAGGAGGGAUAUCUGCGCUUUCAGUUUCCCCGGACACAAAGAUCAGCGGGCACCUCUCCUCUCUCCCCCACGGGGUCAUUCCCGAUAAGAAAUCUAUCGUCUCCGGAGUUGCUGAUUGCUAUGCCAGUGCGUGCGUGUCAUACUACACAGUAGUCCUCUUUGCAAGCUUUGUUUUUCUAGUUGCUGCCCACCAGAUACGCUUCGUUUACCCAUCGCUGGAUUGUGAGUAGAAGCUUGUGUUGGGGUUUCAAAACCAUCUAAGUAUAAAGGCUUUAUAUAGUGAGAGGAGAAGAGGGAGACUGUACAUUUUCACAGUAUAUAUCACCUCUUAUUGAAAAAGAGGUAACAGAAUGAUGAUGACCAGCACUACCACUGAUCAUGUGAAAAUGGAGCCCCCAUUUUAUCACGAGGAUACCCUGAAUUUGCAGGAUUUUACUCAGAUUGCAGGAUAUAGUGGCAGUUCUCCAGGGGAUACCCCGGGAACUCACCAAGUUAGUGGAGGAGAGACUAGGGUCAGGUACACCCCAGAGCACAAACUGAUGAGUGCCAACAUUAUCAUCCAAACUAGCAACCUUAAAAAGAAAAGUAUGGUUGCUGUUACAGCAGCCUCUGUUCCACCUGCUGUCAUGCCUGUCGGAUUCUCUGAAGUAAUUACUCAUGGCAGUGAUGUACUGAAACUGAUGCAGAAUGGGACUGGUGGGCUGGGCAAUUCUUCUGGGAGCAUUCGUGAAGUGGUGGUUGGGAAUAACCUUAAUCCAGUGCCAGCUACAGGAGAAGUCGGUACAGUUGUGGUAGUAGCAGGAAACAGUACUGCUAGCAGUAACAACAGUGCAACCACUUCAUUGGAUGUUUCUCUGCUCCCUUCAGCUUCAUCUGCUGCUUUGAACCUGCUUAAGCUUUCUCCUCCAGAACUGGAACACCUCCUAAUCCAGGCUGCCAACCCUGGUCUUUCUGCCACAACCAGCAACAAUACCAGUCCUGCUUCUGCACAGCCACAGCAGGGAACUCCUGUCUCUGCUACCACAGUACCACAUCCCUUUCUUUACCGCAACCAGCAUGCCAUCACACAAGAACAGGAAGGCUUUGCAGAUGGCUUUGUAAAGGCUUUGGCUGACCUACACAAACAGAACCAGUUACUGGGAGCACCUAUUUCACCUUCUACUCUUGCUACAGGUUCUCCUGCUUACCCAGCUCGCUCUCUUCAUCCAGCCGGGGAGGUUCCAGUCUAUACCAACCUCAGUAGUUUUAACCCAGCUGCAGCUGUUACACAGCUUAGCCCUCCUCUUCCGCAACCUUCCCCUGCUGGCUCCUAUACUGGUAAUUCUGCCAGUAGCACACCCGCAGUACAGCUCCACUUCCCGGGGCUCAAUCGUUUGCAUGCGGUGAGGGGUCCUCUAGAUGAGCCACAAACAGUACCUGACGUGUCACAGUCCGGUGCUCCAGCUGGUGGUGGAGGAGAUGUAAGUACACCACCAUCACUGUCCCCAAUUGAUUUGGAGACUCAGGAGCGGAUCAAGGCAGAGAGGAAGAGGCUGAGGAACAGAAUUGCUGCCUCUAAGUGCCGUAAAAGAAAGUUGGAACGCAUUGCACGUCUGGAGGAGAAGGUGAAGGUGCUCAAGUCCCAAAACUCUGACCUGGCUUCUACUGCCAGUCUCCUACGAGAGCAAGUAUCUCAGCUCAAGCAUAAGGUCAUGAGCCACGUCACAAGUGGCUGUCAAAUAGCUGUUGCCAAAACAUCACCAGCCUCCAAGACAGGAGACAGCUCAGUCUGCUGAAAGGGUUACAAAGUGUUCUAAUCUAUGUUGUUAUAACAAAGGCGGUGACUUCUACAGUAUGUAGAGACUGCAGAACAAGCCUUGAGAACCUGGGUUGCAACAUUUCUUUCAUGUGGCUGUCUUGCCUUGCUUUUUAGCCAAUCUUUCUUUUCUAAGGCAAGCAGUUUUGUGGAAAAUGUAGGGAACAAUAAGUGAAGAGCUAAGAGGUGGCAGAAUUGCACACAGAAAGUGCAUAUGUGCCUGGGAAACAAGUCUGUCGGCCAAUUACCCUCUGGUCUGGAACCUCAAGGAUUGUUGAUGUGAUUACAUCAAUGUUGCAGUGUGGUAAAAGGAGCUUUAUUUUUCCCAUAGUAUUGCACUUUGUUAGAGGAAGGGAAGCAUGCAAUACUGUUUGCUGUAAAAUUAUCUGAAAGGAUUAUAAUUAUUUUUCAAGACCGUAGAGUGACAUUGAGCUACGAAUGAGCUUACAAAACGCCUCCCUCCACCCAGCCUUUAUUUAACUUGCUGGACUUGUUUGGAUGUGUUGCUUCACAAACAGAGCAUAUUCUGUAUUGUAUACAACAGUGAAAGGGAUAACAAUGCCUGUUUACCUGGAUAUCAGAGGGUCAUUACAUUUAGUUGUUGAGGAACAAUAUUCAGUGCAUUUGUGACUGGAAUGUAAAUAGAAAUAUAGUUUAUACAAAAUUUAUUUUUUAUUGUCCAGUGCCAAAACUUUCUGGUUCGGUUGAAAGAAAUCUUAUUACAUAGAAGUUUCUAGAAAGGGACAUAAUGUGUUAAUUCUUCAAAGUAAAUUACUCACAUUUAUCAGGUUUUAAUGUAUAAUGACUUUUUAUAAGUGGUACUUUGUGAAUUUUUAAUUUGUGAAUUUUUAUUUAAAUGCCUUCACAAUGAAAAAAGAAAACCCGGAAGAUAUUGUAUGUCACAAGACAACCCCCCCUCCCCACCCAAGACACUGAAACGUUCUGCUGCUUCUUUUUGUACAGAAUUUGAAACGGCAGUUUCCAAAGCACUUGGUAAAAUCUCCUCCAAUUCAAAGAAAUACAUGAUAAAGUGUGACAUAAAAGUUCUGGACGUCUCCUAAGGCAGUGAUAAAAGUGCUUUGGAUGUUUGAAAUAAAACAUUGCUUCCAGAAGAUAUGUUAUACUAUUCCCCCCCCACCCCUCGUCAGCCCUCCAUCCCAUCUUUACACCAUUGAUACAAGUACAGGGAAACAAACAUCAAUGAAGUUAAUGUAACAUACUGUAUAAAGAAAGAAAGAAAAAAUUCUGCUUAACAUGUAGAUCCAGUCCUGGUUAAAUGUAAGUGGAUAUGCACUUAAGACACUGAGCUGAGCUACUAAACAGUUUAGUGAGAGCUCACAUAUUUUUUUAAAAUUGUUUUUGAAAAUGUCAAGUAUUUAAAAGUCAUGAAACAAUAUAUGACCAUAAUGUGCUUAGACUGAGAUCUAUAUUUUAUUUAUUGCACUUGGUCUUAAGCAAGACAUUAAGUAUUGUUAUGUCUUAUGUUUUCUGGAUAUUGCACUAAGUUCUAAAUGUAUUUUUAUAUAGUUUAUUGAUGUAUUUUACAUGCAACUUAUUUAACAUUUAUUUAAUUUACUAAAAGUGUAGACUAUUGUGCUUAUAUCAUCCAUGAGUUAAAUAUGGAUAUAAAACUCUUAUAGCACAUAGUCUUGAUAUCAGAAAUCUAUUUAAAAAUAGGAAAAGCUUUGUGCAUAAGCUAUAAAAGUUUACUUUUAAAAUGUAUGCAGAUACAGUCCAGUCAUGAGUUUAUAAUAUUGUGCUAUGCUUUAUCCAAAUUAUGUAGACUAGACUAGUUUUAAUUUUCUUUUAGCUUUUAGCCUUAAGUAGUGGGUCUUAACCUUUUGGUUGGUACUCUGAACAUGAGUCAUUAUGAUACUCUUGUCACCAAACCUAACGUGUACCAACUAAUGUACCCUUUACUAACCAUGAUUUAGUGUGAUUAAGUUGCAUAAGUCUUUUUUUCCCUAUACUUUCUAUUGUUUGACAAGUUAUUAAUAGAGUUAAGGAAUUAAAGACUGAGCAAUGAGUUCCAUAAUGAAAUAAAGAUAUAAGUUGGGUCCUGGCCACAAAAGGUUGAGAUUCUCUGAUAUAAACUAAAAUUAAAAGUUUCUUUUUUAUACAUCACAUCUAAACACUCUAAAAUCUGAUACAUAUUUGUCAAUUUUUGUAUGGUAUAUAUUUAUUUUCUGAAUAUAAAUGUAAGUGUAUUUUUGCUAAAAUUUGAAAUGUGUAUAUACAAACCUAUUUGGUUGUUGCACAUUGUAUUCAAUCUGCAAUUCAGACAAAUACCUGUAGAAUAAGGGGGAAAAAUGCAUUCAUUUUAAGUUGUAUGUUAAAUAUUUAGUUUUUGUGACUUCGCUUUAAGUUGUGCUUAUUUUCCCUUCAUGCUAUGAUAAUUGAGAUUCUAUUUAUUUAUUGAAACUUGACGUCUCUAAAUCUUCUAUUUUUGUAAGAAACUGUUUGAAAGAGGCAUGUUUGUAAGUUUGUAUGUCUCUUUCUUAAUGUGUACAUUCCAGCUGUAUGUGGUAUUUAAAUCACGUAUCAGUGCAUUGAAAAGUGACACGUUAAGGGCUUACAACUUUUAUUUGGAUCAUGUUAAUGUUUCACAGUAGGUGUCUGAAAAAUAUGGAUUUUUUUUCACUGAAAGUUUGAUGACAUUUAAAGUAGUCAUCUAGAGUAUGGCGGUCAUUUAAAAGCCUUGCAACACAUUUGUGUCUCUCCUUUGAGAGAUUAUCAUGUAGACAAUUUAAUAAUUUAAAUGUGAAAACUUUAUUAUAUUACACAAACAAAGGGAAGUUGGACAUGGUUUUCUUUCUUGAUGCAAAAGGUUAUGGCACAGUGGUGUUCAGAAGGAAAGUUUGUGUAUUUGAUGUUAUUUCUAUUAUGGACAUUUGUUACAGUGGCUUGUGAUACUUUCCAUACCAAAAUUCCCACACCAUACCAUAUAAUGUUUACCUAUAUUGUAAUUAUAUUGUGAAAAACCAGUGAGUGAAAUCCAUAUUUUAAUGUAGUAGAUGUGAGCAAUGUUUUUGGAACUUGUGUUGUACUAAAGACAAGUGUUUGGGCUUGUAAACUUCUACCCCACGCUUUUCUGUAGUAUCAAAAUUUACUUAAGAAGCAGUAUUUCAGUUCCUUUUUACAGGUAGGUGUUUCAGUCCUAUUAAGUUUUUAGUAGCUUUUGUGAUAGUGGAUUUUGGAAGGUAGUGUACAAAGUUAUGUGUGUUUGUGAGGCAAAGUGGUGCGUCAUAGUCGGGGAAUUAUGUGGUACAAUCAUUAGUAACGGGAAUUUAGCCAUUGUGUAUGUCAUUCCUGUAUCUCUGCUUCUCACAGGCUUGAGAGAACUCGUAAAGAAGUGGAGUAUAAUAGUACUGCAGACUUGCUUUGUGUGCUCUUCAUCUGACAGCUGCAGAAAUAAAGCAAUGGAUCAAUGUAAUGUUUUUUCCUAAUUAUUAUUAUUAUUCUUUUUAUUACAAGAUGUAAUAAUAAUAGACUUUCCUUAAAAUUAGAAUUGAUUAGUACUAUUUUGUAACUACUUUUUUAUGUUGCUAUGAUCCAUUCUUGUUUUCUUAAAUUUUUUGCUUUACAAAAUGACUGUUUCUAGAAAUGGGAGUAGUUUUAAUGAUGGUAGUUUUAAAAUAGCGUUUUAACCAUUUCAUUUUCAUGGCACCUGGUCUCUGGUGCCUAUAGACUCACUGUUGACAUUGUGAGUGUAUACAUCCAGACCGUAUCACGUUAUAGCUACUUCCUUAAAUGGCACCAAUUCCACUGAUUUGGAAACCGUCUGUCUUCAGGAGGACCACAGUCCUGCUAUUAUAUGUACAUUUGAUCUUGAGUAAAAUCUUUGCCUGUAGUCAUUGUUGCCCACAGAAGUCAUUUUGUUUGUUUACACUUCUUUUACAAAGAAUAAUUCCUGGCGCUACAUGGUCGGUGUGCCAAUCCAUUAUGGUUGGGUUUCUGCAGAAGAAAGCUAGUAAUUUCUUGAGCUACAGAACCAGAUAUGUUAGUACCGUUUAUAGUUUGUAACCAACAUCACUAAGCGUCAUUUGUAUGGAUUCAGUAUGAUAUUCCGAUAGAUGGGAUGCCGGCGAUUAGAAUACCGACAGCGACAUCCCGACCAUCAGAAUCCCAACAGCCCCCCAGAAAUUACUGUAACCCUCACCUAUUCCCUAACUUAACUUUCCCUUGUGGGUGCCUAACCCUCCCCGGUGGUGCCUAAACCUAACCCUCCCUUCCCCGCUGCCUAAACCUAACCCUCCCUGCUUGGUGCCUAACCCUAACCCCCACUCUCCGGUUCCUAACCAUACCCGUCCCUGCACCCCAACCCUCCUUCUAAUGCCUAAACCUAACCUAUCACCUCCCGUAGCAGGAUGUGAACGCAUCCCGCUGAAAGAACAAUCCGUAUUCUGGGCGUCGGUAUUGACGUCGGCAUCCUGACCUUCGUGGGGAUUUAGACGCCGGUCUUAUUGAGUCCUUCGUGAUUCCGGCAUCGGUAUUUCGACUGCCGAGAUCCCGUCCUUUGGUAAAGUAACUACAUCCCAUUUGUAUAUGAUAAGCCCUCAAUGUACUGUAGUCCUUAUUGUCACUGCCACACAUUAAGUAUCCCUAUUUAUUUCUAUUGUAUGCAGUAAACCUCAAAUUGAAAACUGAUAGUGUUUCCGGAAAUUUAUUAUUUAGAAAUCAGUAUUAAAUAGCUUGCCAGCUACUCCUUUACUGGAGCACUAUAACAAGUGAGUAUUCAUAAGCCUGAUAGAGUUCUAUGCACUGCCGAUAUUUACAGAGUUGAGCGAUUAUCGUCCAACUGUGCGCACAUAUAUGUCUCUGGAUCUUUUCGCAAAAGAACCGUUUGCGGGAGAUAAUGGGCAUGUCACGGAUGUUUUCAAGGUGUGCCUCAGACUGUGAUCCUGUAUACAUAAAGCAUGGUGCAAGCGUCUCAGCUCCUGCGGCCAUUCUGCGUGACCAUAGUAUAACUUAGAAUUGCGACAAUUGAAUGAUCUGCAACCGAUUAUUGCAUCUUUAUACGCUGGUACUUGGAUCUGAGAAGCUGUCUGAGGGCGUCUUUGUACUAAUCCUGACGGCUUAAGACCUUGGUAUAUCUUCACACAGUAACUGGAGCAGGAGAUUGCAAGUGAAAUUGUUGACAAAAAGUGUAUAUUAUAUUAUAUAUAUAUAUAUAUAUAUAUAUAUAUUCAAUUCAAUAUAAGGAAGGCAC